GUUUUUUCUGUUAGAGAGAAACUUUCAAGAGAGAAACCUUUCGAUUAAGAAAUGAUCUAGAGAGAUAGAGAGAAGGGGGGAAACACCUAACAGAGAGAGAGUGCGUUAGGUUAUUUACCGGAAUUUAGGCGCCGGAAUUGAGUAGCGAUCUCGUCAGGAAAGUGGUUUCCGGUGGAAGGAAUUUUGAAAAAAAAAAACAGAAAAAGCAGAGAUGGUGAAUGCUAUGGUGGAAAGAGCCACGAGCGACAUGCUGAUCGGGCCUGAUUGGGCUAUGAAUAUCGAGAUCUGUGAUAUAUGCAAUCGCGACCCUUCGCAAGCGAAGGAUGUUGUCAAGGGAAUAAAGAAGAAACUUGGUAGUAGGAAUUCAAAAGUUCAGCUACUUUCCCUAACACUGUUAGAAACGAUUAUAAAGAACUGUGGGGACAUUGUACAUAUGCAUGUGGCAGAGAAAGAUCUUCUUCAUGAGAUGGUCAGAAUAGCUAAGAAAAAGCCUGACCUUCAUGUCAAAGAGAAGAUAUUGGUUCUGGUCGAUACUUGGCAAGAAGCUUUUGGUGGUGCAAGGGCAAGAUAUCCGCAAUAUUAUGCUGCAUACCAAGAGUUGUUGCGUGCUGGGGCAGUAUUCCCUCCCAGGUCUGAGAGGUCCACACCUCUAUUCACACCUCCACAAACACAGCCUUUGUCAUCGUAUCCUCAAAAUCUGCGCAAUAUUGAGUAUCCACAAGGAGCAGCUGAAUCUCCAGCAGAGUCAGAGUUCCCAACCUUGAGCUUGACAGAAAUUCAAAAUGCUCGGGGUAUAAUGGAUGUUCUAUCAGAGAUGCUAAAUGCAUUAGAUCCAAGGAACAAAGAGGGGAUUAGGCAGGAGGUUAUUGUUGACCUAGUGGAUCAAUGCCGUACAUACAAGCAAAGAGUGGUACAUCUUGUUAAUUCAACCACGGAUGAAUCACUACUGUGUCAAGGAUUAGCAUUGAAUGAUGACUUGCAGCGAGUACUUGCCAGGCACGAAUCCAUUUCUUCAGGAACUCCUGUUCCAGUCCAGGAUGAAAAACUGAAAGCUGAAUCUAGUGGAGCACUUGUAGAUAUUGGUGCUCCUCUAGUUGAUACUGGAGAUAAUAAGGGCAAACAGCCUGAUGGGGGAUCAACCUCAAAUUCUAGUGCAGGGGCUCAAACACUAAACCAGUUGUUGCUCCCUGCACCUCCUGCAACUAAUGCUCCAACUACUCCGGCAGCAGCCAAUACCAAAGUGGACCUGUUGAGUGGUGAUGAUUAUAACUCACCAAAGGCCGAGACUUCUCUGGCUCUUGUUCCUGUUGGAGAAGCACAGGCAACCACACCUCUGUCACAGCAGAAUGCACUUGUUCUUUUUGACAUGUUUUCUGAUGGUAACAAUGCUCCAAAUGCAGUCAAUAUGCAGGCUACCAAUCUUGCUGGACCAACCAAUUCUUUGACUCCACAAUUCCAACAGCAACAGAAUUUUCAAACACCAGAUGCUGGUGUUUACAGGAAUGGAAAUGCCCCUAAUAUGGGAUCACCACGAUAUCAGCAGUCAGUAUACAUGCAAGCCUCUGGUCCUGCAUGGAAUGGACAUCUUCCCCAGCAGCAACAGCAGCCGGCCUCACCUGUUUAUGGUGCUCAAAAUGGUGGAUCACUGCCUCCACCUCCUUGGGAAGCUCAGCCAGCAGACGCAAGCCCAGUGACAGGCGCUCAAUACCCUCAAUCAAUGCAAGUUACUCAGAUGGCUGUCACGCAUUCACAACCACUGCCUAGUGGUAUGCACCCUCAAGGGCCUCAACCAGGGGGUAAUGAACAGGUGGGUAUGUACAUGCAGCCAAUCACAACCGGCCAUUUGCCUGCAGUUAAUAAUCACAGUGCACCAAGCAAUCAGUUUUUAGGCAUGAAUCCUCAUGCAAUGCAGGGAGGGCAGUAUAUGGGUAUGUAUCCACAACCAAUGCAAGCUGGGCCGAUGGCCUCUAUGUAUCCUCAACAAAUGUACGGCAACCAAAUGGCUGGAUAUGGGUAUGGUUUGCAGCAAGGGACGCAGUACCUUGAACAGCGAAUGAAUGGAGUAUCUGUUAGAGAUGACAAUGGCCUGAGAAACUCAUCUUACCAGGUCUCAACAACUCCUUAUGUGCCGUCUGGUAAGCCUUCCAAGCCAGAGGAUAAGCUAUUUGGAGACCUAGUAGAUAUUUCAAAAUUCAAGCCAGGAAAAUCCACUCCUGGGAGAGCUGGUGGCUUGUGAUAACAUGAUUGGUUGCAUUUUUAUUUUAAAUAUUUUUCUUCACUAAGUUGCUUCUUCUUUUCCAUUUCCCCCCCUUAAUUUCAAUAUAUAUGUUCAUUUGGUCUCUUUCGGGUCCCUUAUUUGGGUUUUGUUUGGAAAUCAUGUACAUUCUUUGUAGAGAGAGAAAAAAAAAAAAAACUGAUGCUCUCAAUCAGGUUGAAUCUAUGAGUCUGGAUUUUUUUUCAACAGUUUUUAAUUGGACAUCUUCUUGA